GAUCACGCGGCUGCGCGGGCGCUCUCUAUCGGCGACCUCCAGCAUUUCGCAACAGUUUCCUAGUGCAGUGUGUGUAAAGUAUAACGUGUCCGGCGGAAGUUCACUCAUGUUACGGCAGGGCAGCCCGGCAAGGACGAGCCUCCUCCGAUCUCCGCAGGGCGAGCAAUGACGUCAUGAGCGGAUUCCUUUAGGAUUUCUAAGUGAUACUUUGUGCUUAUGUAACGUAGAGUAAUGAUGACUUGUGAACUGUGCAAACAUGCGUUCUGUGAACAGUGAAACGUUCUGAACAAACUUGUGGAGAUGAAAAGAGAAAAGUACAAGGUCACCAUCUCAAAACUUGGGCUGGGAGAGCGAUGAAGGGGUGGUUCGACGCGUUCCGCGAGGAAGGCGGGCCGACCCUGUACGCGUACCACAACCGCACGGCGGUGGCGGCCGACGUUCCUGCGCUCGCGCUGCUGUUAGCCGCACUCACGCUCUACCUCGCCUUCCUCGCCAUCUUCCCCGGCAUCAGGAAAGAGAGGUUCUCCACCUUCACGAUAGUCACACUCAGCCUAUUCGUCGGCACAGUCAUCCUAGUGUGUAAGCAUGGGUCUUCGUGGCACGUGGCGGGGGCGCGGGUGGCGCGCGCGGCCUACCGAGCCUUCUCGGCUGAGAGGAUGGACUGCUGGCUCGCGGUCCACGUCGGCCUGGGCCAUGUCAACGUCACGCUCACUGCGGUGUCCUGGAGCAACACGUCCCUGGGCGACCCUGGUGUGGACUACAACGAGCAGUUCCGCUGGGAGGAGGCCGGGGCCAUCCAGGAAUGGUACCGGCGCGGCCUGGAGCGCGGCCUGCCCUACCCGGUGAUGUCGGUCGCCGAGCACUUCUCCGUGCAGCACGAGGGCUUCGAAUGGGGAGCCAAGUACAGAGCCGCAGGAUAUACUACCUCCACAUUACUAUGGACGGCCCUCGCAUUAUGGUUGCUGAUGAAUCUGCUGCUAGUCGUGGUUCCCCGAUACGGUGCGUUCGCGAUGGCGUGUCUGGGUGUGACGCUGUGCGCGGCGGCCGGCGGCUACUGGGCCUCCCUGCCGCAGACGCCACUGGUGGUCCGGCUCGACGGAGCCAUGCUCUUCUUCUCGCUGGGCUGGUGCUUCUGGCUGGUGCUCAUCGCAGGUUGUGCGUGUGUAGUGGUGGGACUAGUGAUCGCAGUGCUGGACAUGAUCUGGCCACACCGUUUCUCCACCGUGCUGGAGGUGGACUACGACACGCCGUAUGACCGACACGUGUUGAUCGUCGACAGCCGGCAGCGCGCGCGCCCGCAGACACAGCACUCGCUGCCUUCUAGGAUACUAAGGAGGCUAUCAUCAAAAACGCGAGAGACGGAGGGCCAGGUGUCGAUGUCGGUGGUGAACGAGAACGGCGGGCGAGACAACCCCGCCUACCAGCACGAACAACGGAAACCGAACUCUCCUUGGAGGUAUCCACUGUUCAGGAGGCAGAUCGACCGAGCGGACUCGGCGUCGAGUAUCGGGUCGAGUGUAAACGGCAACAGCUCCGCGAUCAAGAUGUCUCCUCUGGCCGGCGCUCACGUCGCCUCCACGCCUGCCAUACCACCACAUAGGUUUCGACCGCAGAUACCAGCCGCGGAACGAGUGAAAGACAUGUGGUGAUCACAUUCCGUAUUAAUUAGGUAUAUGUAAAUUGGUGAAUGAAGAAAGUAUUAUAGACAACUUUUAUUGUGCCCGAUCUCCGAACAUUUUCAAAUUGAUAGACAUUAUACGUAAGUGGGGAAUAAUGGAAGAGACUAUGUUCCUUCGUUAGUUUUAAUUCUACGACAACUUCACCUCUUGCGUCAAAAGUUGUAAAUAUGUACAUUUUAGUUAGGAAUAUAAAUUAUAACGAAUAUGUCCAGUGUCAUAAAUUGUAAAUGUAUAGUGUACCGACCGAUAAUUGUAUACCUCUUUUGUAAUUAUUUGUAACUAUGAUUAUUAUGUGAGUUGGGAGUAUACGACUGCAUCGACACAAGUGAAUGCUUUGUGCCAUGUACAUAUUAGAUCUAAUGCGUGACACAUAAUAUCACAACUUCCUAUUUUCCUUAUCUUAAUAGACUUGUUAUAUUAUCUACUAGAACAAUCUCCAUUACUUUAGCAGCCAGGCUAAUUAACGUCCCAAUGUUCACCUGUCCAAACCGAAAAUAGUUUCAUUCAUAAGAAGUCAUUAUUAACAGUAACAAUACCAUUGACAAAUUUUUGUAUUUAACUAAUAGAACAAAGUCAUAGAUUUAAAUAAGUAGUUGUAAGUUAUUUAUUUUUUAAUUAAUUUUCAUAAUGGUUUGUGAAAGUUUGAUAGUGAGAUGUCUGUGACUGUACUAUCACAAUUGUCUACGAUUUAAGCUUUACAAAAUCACUGAUCAUGUUCAAUGUUGUGAAGAUGUGUUUGCAACAGUGAAUAUGUAACUGCGACAUUCUUGUACCUAAUGUAACAAAGUGAGAGUUAGUGUAGAGAAUGACUGUCAUAUUGUAUUUAUUGUGAUGGAAAAUAUACCAAUUAGAUACAGAAA